AUGUUUCAGACUCCGAUUGGUGUGAAAGAGAGGCGCUGCGACCUUGUUCUAGCGUCUGGAUUGGAGCCAUUUUGGGGCGCUUACUCCAUUCAUGCUGAAACAUUGCAGUCUCUUGGAUGUACUUCUGAAGCUUUAUUAUUGUACGAGAAACUGGAAAUGUGGGACAACGUGAUCGAAUGUUUCAAGCAGCUGGGUCAACUGGAGAAGGCGGAAGCCCUGAUUCGACGAUUACUUCUUGAGCGGCCGAAUGACUCCAUGCUUGUCUGUCUCCUGGGCGAUAUCACCAUGGAGCCUAGCUAUUAUGAAAAGGCUAUGAAGGUUGGAAGUUCCUUAUUGAUUUCGUUUAGUUUUACCUACUUAUUUGAUCCGAAAAAGGUCUUGCCGUAG